AUGAAAAAUUAUUAUCGAGCCACACAAAUAUAUAGUCUGGCUAUUGAUUACUUAUCUACCGCAUCUAGAACUGAGUCCCAAAAGGGAUUGACUACAGAAGUACAAAAACUCUACUCUGGAGCGAGAAACAAGUUUAUCAAUACUCUAACCUUUGGUAUAGGUGAAGCAGCAGUAUUUUUGGCUUACUUUCAUAGCAACGGCAAAAGUGUACCAGUUGAUUUCGAAUUAGCGGAGUUCUUUAUCGUUUUAGGUAGUAAGCUCAAUGACUCAUUAUCUAUUCAAUUGAUAAAUGAAGUCUAUGAUUCUGAAAGUCCUAUUAACAUGAGUAUUGAGUAUCAGCGAUCUCAUCAUGAUUAUUCAAGUUAUUUAGAAUUAGCGCAAAAAUAUCGCGACAUUAUUCAUGUCAUUACUCAAAAAUAUCCCGUUAGCACAGAGUUUGAUGUUAGUGCGCAAUUAUGGGCCAUGAAGCUUAUUCAUGAUGAAGCUGGCCCUUUAUUUGAUAUACAUAAUGAUUACAAUGAUUAUUUUCCUAAUAUUCCAGUAUUUCAACCAUAUAGUCUUUCUCAUCCGCUUGCACCAGCAAGCAUAGAAGAAUAUGAAGUAAACACAAACGGUCAGUAUAAUGAGGAAAGUUCAGCUCAUUCUUGUCACUGUUAUAUUUUUUAG